AUGUCUUCCUGUCGUACGAAUUGCUCGGAGCGACCGACCCCCUUGUCUCCCGAUAAUGAUAUCACUGGACCUGGAGUUCGUUCCCUGAAGUGUGCCACGGUAAUCAUCAACUACGUUGCAUCUGCAGGAAUCGCCGUCUUCGUAAUCAUGCUUUACUUCUUGGUGGCUUUUGACCCAGCCCGUGAUCCAUUCGCAAAGGAUGAAAAGUCCGCAGAAAACCCGCCAUUUCGUCCCAAUGCGAUUGACCUGCUUAUUACGCGCAAGUUAAGAGGCUGGGUCCCGGGAUGUAUGAGUCAAUGUCUCAAGAACAGACUAGAGAAUUCAUUUGUCAAGUGUGUCGUUGCAAUGGGCGACCUUCAACUUGUCACGGGAUUCUCAAUCCUGAUCAGCGGUGCUGUUCAGCUGAAUUGCGGCCUCGCUGUCUGUGAAUGGAAAAUUGUCGUCUAUCUGGCAUGGUUCUCUUGUCUGACUCAUUUGUCCUGUCUGAUGGCCCUGCGAAGCUACCUUUACGUCCACACCAUUGGAAGGACCUGGAGGCUGGUCGCGAUGGGUGUACUUGCCAUACUGCUGAUAGUCGGGUUACUUCCCACAGCUAAUUAUGCCCAUCUUUAUAGUCAACGCCCUCGCCCUUCAGAUUAUGCCAAGUGCUAUUUGAAAGCUCACCGCUCCUCGGGUAUAGCACUUUGCUCAAUGGUCCUUUUGGUCUUGACUAUAGCCAUUGGGUUUAUUUCUCGCGUGAUGAAAUUACACAAAAUGCUGUCCGUCACACUUCGGGGAGGGCUCAGAAUCCGGGCCAGUCGUGAUAGUCGAACCAUACUGCGUGUCAUCUACAGGUGGUGUACCAAAAGUGGCCCAGUGCAAGGAUUGGGCUUCUCUCUGGUAUAUCGACCUGUGUUGGCAGUGUUCCUUGUAGCACGUUUCGUAUUAGACACAUGGGUUUCCAUGUUUGUAGAGGCGCUGUGGCAUUUCAUUGCUUUUUUCUGGGGUGUCGUCCGCCUAAUGACUGAACUCAACGGCACUUCCAAUGAUCAAGAUUUGUGGACAAAGACCGCAGGGCAGAAUAAA